ACGUCGACAGGUGUGCCUCAGGUUAAUUAACCACUUAAAGCCGCGGGCAAUUUCCCCCACAUUGCAGGACGACGACGGUUUCCAGACGUGUCCGAGGGCAAGAAUGGACUGCAACUUCCCCCAUUGGUGGCUUACCGUCCUUCUCUCACUUUCUACACUCGCAGAAAGCCGGUUCGGCCAAACAAACUCACCGGCCACCUUGAGCGGGGGUCGGUACGUGCAGCCGCAGCUGCCCGCGAGCCAACAGCUGCUGCAGCAGCAGCAGCACGGGGCGCAUCCCCGACCCGUCGUGGUCAACUGCCACCCCAACUCCAUGCGGGUUGUGGUGCAGGCCGACAUGUUCGGUAUGGGCCUCCAGGUGGACGGCAGACAUCUGCGCCUCGGGUCGGAUUCCGUGAGUGAGGGGAGUGCGUGCGGUGCGGUCCCAUCGGGCGAGGCGGAAUUUACCAUCCAGGCCUCCCUGAGAGCCUGUGGCGCUAGACUCUCUUCGACAAAAGAGAAGAUCAUCUAUUCCAAUGUUCUGGUCUACUCCCCUGAACCUUCAGCUGCUGGUUUGCUUAGACUGGCUGCAGCAACUAUUCCUGUUCAAUGCCAUUAUGAAAAGCGGUAUGCUGUUGCUGCCCUUUCCAUGCAUCCUACCUGGAUUCCAUUGGUCUCAAGUCUCUCAGCAGAGGAUCAUAUUGCCUUCAAUCUGCUAGUCAUGACUGAUGAUUGGCAGUUUCAGAGGGGAUCUUUUUCUUUCUUCCUGGGGGACCCUAUUCAUUUUGAGAUUUCUGUCUUCAUUGGUAAUCACGUUUCCCUGCGAGUCUAUGUUGACAACUGUGUCGCCACAGCAACUCCAGAUGCACAGGAUACAUUACGAUAUGACUUUAUUGAGAAUUAUGGAUGCCUUGCUGAUACUCGCCUGACAAACUCCAGCUCCCGUUUCCUACCAAGGGUUGAAGAUCACAAGCUGAGGUUCCAGCUUGAGGCCUUCAGAUUCUACCAUGAGUCAAACAAUCAAAUCUACAUAACCUGCUACCUGAAGGCUGUUCCUGUCGGGUCAUCAGUCGAUUCUCAAAACAGGGCUUGCUCGAUAAUUGAGAACAGAUGGCGAUCAGUUGAUGGCAACGACCAGGCAUGUAGAAGCUGCUCUUCUUAUUGGGUGGAUGAGCCCACAGAAACCCCCAAAAAUACAAUCAGCACCCAAGCAUUGCCCACCAAGACUUCCCCGGAGGAAAAAUCUGAACAACACUCUGCCAAUUAUUUCCGUUUUCGGCCAGGAAUGCUCCAUAGCCAACAACUCGAACCCCAGCCAUCCUCUACUGGAUCUAAGAGAAGGGAGCGCAGUGUCCAGUUUGGACCCAUUACUGUACUGCCAAACUUUCACAAGACCACCUGAUUCUAAAACCGUACCUCCACAAAAGAACUGGUACUCGAGCUACACACUGACGUUAAUCAUCGCUACAGUGUAUGGGACCAACAUUUAUCAGAGCCCAGGUGAAUGUGGAGGUUAAUCUCAUCUGAAAAGCUG